GAGGGGGCUCGCGGAGCGGGGUGUUCGGACGUGUGCUUGGGCACUGCCUUCACAAACAGUAUGUUUGACUAACAGCAAAUGGUCGUUAAAUCAUUUUACUUAAAAUAACCUUUUGUUUUUUAAAAUACACAUUAAACUUAAUGCAAGAGCCUAAAAAACACGAUUCACUAGGUUAGUGAAGGAGGCUCGACUACUGUUUCUAGGUGGUUAUACAGCCGGACCGCACAGUAAACGACUUCUGUGAAAAAGCAGGAGUCCCACGAGGCUUCCUGGACCUGACAGUGUCCAGGUUCGAGUCCUUCUGUCUCCAGAUCUUCAUCUUCUUGUUGGAGCGGUCCUCUUCGAGGAAUAAGGGGUGAAGCACGGUGAACCAGAAUGGAGCCCGGACAGGGGUGUGCGCUGACGCUCAGGCUGCUGCUCCUCCUGGGGAUUACCGGCAGCUUGUGGGGUCUCAAUCCCGAUGACCCCAACGUCUGCAGUCACUGGGAGAGCUACGCGGUGACGGUGCAGGAGUCCUACGCCCACCCGUUCGAUCAGAUCUACUACACCAGAUGCACCGACAUUCUCAACUGGUUCAAAUGCACGAGGCACAGGAUCAGCUAUAAGACUGCGUACCGGAGGGGUGUCAGGACAAUGUACCGGCGCCGGUCUCAGUGCUGCCCGGGCUACUACGAGAGCGGCGACCUGUGUGUCCCCCUGUGCACUGAGGAAUGCGUCCACGGCCGCUGCGUGUCCCCGGACUCCUGCCAGUGUGAGCCCGGCUGGGGAGGACUGGACUGCUCCAGCGGCUGCGAGAGUGACCACUGGGGCCCCCACUGCAGCAACCGCUGCCAGUGCCAGAACGGCGCCUUGUGCAACCCCAUCACAGGGGCGUGCGUCUGUACCGACGGCUACCAGGGCUGGCGCUGCGAGGAACCAUGCGAGUCCGACUACUACGGCAAAGGUUGCCAGCUGUCGUGCCAGUGCCUCAACGGCGCCACCUGCCACCACGAGACGGGCGAGUGUCUCUGCGCCCCCGGCUACACCGGCGUCUUCUGCGAAGAGCGGUGCCCCCCCGGCAGCCAUGGUGCCCAGUGCGAGCAGCGCUGCCCCUGCCAGAACGGGGGCACGUGCCAUCACGUCACAGGGGAGUGCUCGUGCCCUGCCGGCUGGACGGGCUCUGUCUGCGCACAGCCGUGCCCGUUAGGCCGGUUCGGCAUUAACUGCAGCCAGGAGUGUCCUUGCCGAAACAGCGGGAUGUGUGACCACAUCAGCGGCCAGUGCCAGUGUACAGCGGGCUACAACGGCGAGAGGUGCCAGGAGGAGUGUCCGAUGGGCACCUACGGCCCUCAGUGUGCUCUCCAGUGUGACUGUCACAAUGGUGCCAGAUGCUACCACGUCAACGGGGCGUGCUUGUGCGACGUCGGCUUCAAGGGCUCACACUGCCAGGAGCGCUUCUGUCCCGCCGGGCUCUACGGCUUAAUCUGCGACAAAUACUGCCCCUGCAAUGCCACCAACACCCUCAGCUGCCAUCCUCUGUCCGGCGAGUGCACCUGCGUGGCCGGCUGGACAGGUCUGUACUGCAACGUCACCUGCUCGUCUGGUUACCAUGGUGAGGACUGCAGCCAGCCAUGCGACUGUGGCAACGGGGCGGACUGCGACAGCGUCACCGGUGCCUGUAUCUGCGCUCCGGGAUUCACGGGCGAGGACUGCAGUCUGCACUGCCCCCCCGGUUUCUACGGGACCAACUGUUCCUCCUCCUGUUCCUGUCGCAAUGAGAUAGCCUGCUCCCCGGUCGACGGCUCCUGCAUCUGCAAGGAAGGUCGGCAGGGUGUGGACUGUUCCAUCUACUGCUCCAGCGGUACCUGGGGCCUUGGAUGUAACCGGACCUGCACCUGCAGCAAUGGUGCAGCCUGCGACCCCGUGGACGGCACAUGCAUGUGCGGGCCAGGCUGGAAGGGAGAGACCUGCGACACGCCCUGUCCCGAGGGGACGCAUGGGCUGGGCUGCCAGGAGCACUGUGAUUGCAGCCACGGCAACGGAUGCGACCCAGUGACUGGGCACUGCCGCUGUCUGGCAGGCUGGACAGGUGUCCACUGUGACAGCGUGUGCUCCCAAGGCCUCUGGGGCUCCAGCUGCUCCUCCACCUGCUCCUGCGAGAACGGGGCCUCCUGCUCGCCCGAGGACGGCACCUGCACGUGCGCUCCCGGCUACCGUGGCACGUCCUGCCGCCGCACCUGCAGUCCCGGGUCCUACGGCCUCCGCUGCAGCCAGUCGUGCCCACAGUGUGUGCACAGCGCCGGAGCUUGUCACCACGUCACCGGCCACUGCCAGUGUCUGCCCGGCUUCUUUGGGCCCCUCUGCAACCAAGUGUGCCCCUUCGGCAGGUAUGGCAAAGGCUGUGAGGAAGAGUGUCUGUGCACCAACAACGGGACCUGCAGCACCAUCGACGGCUCCUGCCAGUGCCCCCCAGGCUGGAUCGGGGACGACUGCUCUCAGGCCUGCACCCAAGGCUACUGGGGCCCUGGCUGCCUCUACACAUGUAACUGUCACAACGGAGCCCUGUGCAGCGCCCACCAUGGGGAGUGCGAGUGUAACGCCGGCUGGAUUGGACUCUACUGCACUCAGCGCUGCCCCUCAGGAUUUUUCGGUAACGCCUGCACCAAGGUGUGCCGCUGUCAGAACGGGGCGGACUGCGACCACGUCAGCGGGCUCUGCACCUGCCGCACAGGCUUCAUCGGGACCCACUGCGAGCAGAAGUGCCCCUCCGGGACCUACGGCUAUGGCUGCCAGCAGCUGUGUGAGUGCAUGAACAACGCCACCUGCGACUACGUGACGGGAACCUGCUACUGCAGCCCCGGGUACAAGGGCAUCCGCUGUGACCAGGCCGCCCUGAUGAUGGAGGAGCUGAAUCCAUACACCAAGAUGAGCCCAGCCUUGGCCUCGGAGCGCCACUCGGUGGGCGCGGUGGUCGGCAUCAUCACCCUGCUGCUCAUCAUCAUGGCCGUGCUAAGCCUGUUCAUCUGGUACCCGCCAGAGGCAGCGGGAGAAGAGCCACGACAUGCCCAGCGUGUCCUACACUCCGGCCCUGCACCUCACCAACACCGACUACGCCCUCUCGGCCUCUGCGCCCCGGAGCCUCCUCUCAUCUCCAGACGCCUCUCAGGACAGCGUCGAUGCCAGUCAGUGUUUCUCCAAUGCCAGCUACCACAUACUGGCGCGAUGCGACUCCUCCACUCCAUUCACCAGCAGCCUGGAGGGCAAAUCCACUGCCCAGACGAAAAGCAGGAGACGAUGCCGGGAUGCUUCCACAGAGUGGAGGGACUGUUUCAGUCUCAACGAUCAAGGUGCGUGCGCCCUGGACCGACCUUGCAAUGCUUACACUAUAGAGCACGGGCUCCGAGAUUACAUGAAGGGCUCCAUGUGCAGCUCCAGCACCUGCUCCCUGAACAGCGAGAACCCCUACGCCACCAUCAGGGACCCCCCCGGCGCGGCCUGCAAGCGCACGGAGAGCAGCUACGUGGAGAUGAAAUCCCCCGAGCGCCGGGAGCUCCCCUGCUGCUCCGUGCCCCCCGCAGCCGCCGCCCCCGCGGCCAACAAGAACGUGUACGAAGUGGAGCCCACCGUGAGCAUUCUUCUGGGAUCAAGUGGACUGGGCACCAGUUUCUCUCAGAACCCCUAUGAUCUCCCCCGCAACAGCCACAUCCCCAGCCACUACGACCUGCUGCCCAUGCGCCCCAGCCCCACGCACACCCCGCCCCCCCCGGACAGCCCCCCCGAGUCCCUGUUAUAGAGCCUGAGGCCUGUCCUCCCCUGGCAUCUAUGCGAUGACGUCACGGUGACCUGGCACCGCCGGAGGACGGAGGCUGUGACACCCGAACCCCUCCGGGUCUCUGGCCCCCCCUUGGUUUACAGGAGGGGCCCUAAACACUCUCAGGACUGACACUCACAGGGGCCCCUGUCCCGAGAAGCCGAGACACCAGCUACACUCCGCUGUAAUCUCCCGGUUUUUGCAGACAGCUACGGCCGGGGGGGGAGGGGGGGGUGGAGCGAGUGCCUGAUUCUGGACGUCACUCCCCAUGGACGUUCAUUAGAAGCAGGUCAUUCAUCCAGUUCCUGGUUUACAUUAGUUUUUAAUACUGUUUGUUUUUGAGUGCAAUCAUGGGUACCGGUGUUACUGCACAGGGCCCUCCAGGUAUCCACCUUAACCAGAUGCUCAUCCUGGUCGUCAGGCCCCCUGGUGGCUGGCCCUGACUCGGCAAGUCGGGCACUGGAGUGCAACGUUAAGCCUUUGGACCAGGGAGAUGACCCCCCCCUCCCCCCCCAUAUGUUUGAGCCACUUAACGGUAUUUAGAGACUUUUGAUUUAGACACCAGGUCUUUGGGAUCAAGCAUGGAUCAUUAGUGAGAAGUAGUGACUGUAUUAAUAAGUUAAAAUGUUUUUUUUAUUAUUUUUUAAAUUUGUAUUUUUAACAUCAGUGGCUUUUUGUUUUUAUUUUUAUAUUUGCAGUAGUGUAGUGAAUUAUUAGUAAGGCUAAAAUAAGCAUGACCACAUGAUUACUAGUUAGUGUCGUUCACACACAUCCUGCUGUACAUGCUGACUGAGCACAGAGGAGGCUCUCGGACUCUCGGCGUUUUACUGCUGCGUCUGGGUGAAGCCCAGGGACGCCCCCAACUCCCUGCUCCGAAACGGGCAAAGAGGGAGCCACAUAUUUAUUGUUUUAUGUUUCUGUUCAUAUAAAUAUGUACUUUUUUAAAAUGGGAAAAAAAAGAACUUAAAGCAUCGCUUUCGACAUUCAGCUUACACCUUUCUGAAAUUUUAGAAAAAGCUUAGACAUAUUUAUAAACGGUGUCAGAUGACCAUUAAGAUUACAAGUCUGGGUUUGUCAGUCAGAAACUGGUCUGUAAAUGUUAUACUUAUAAGUAUUUCUAUAGGUCUGUAAGUAUCUUGGUCCUGGUGCCUCGUUCAUAACUUCCCUUUGUUUUGACGGCUGAAUAAACGCCACACUGGUCCCAUUUCACCUUGUUAGCAAUAACAUCCUGACAAUCCUGCAGCCCCGGCCGGCCACAGCUUACGGACGUGACGCCAUACGUGGGAUUUCUGUGGAGGUUCCGAUGGGACCUUUCCUUGUUCCCCCCUGUGCUGUGAAGGGGAAACCGUCAUGUCCGCCGCUCAGUGUCACUCGUAAUAAAAUGCUGAAGAAAUCUGCCA